CCUGCUGUAGCUGAAGAUGGCUGCUCCGUGCUGGGAUCAGCAGGUCUGAAGCUAACCGUCUCUGCGGCUCUUUGGUCGGUUUGAGCGGCUGUCUGCGCUCCGUAUCCCGGCCGGAGGCUCCUCCGCGGGGUCGGGUCCCGGGACGCCGGUGUCCGCGAUGUCCAGGGAGCAGGCGAGCAUCAGCGAGCUCCUGCUCUCACUGGACAGUUCAGAGCUGCAGGAGGCGGAGCGAGCGAGAGCCGCAGUCAACCAGCAGCUGAGUACAGACAAAGGGGGCGCUGUCCUCUCCUCCGUGGUGGAGUACUACCUGGACUCGUCAUCGUCUCAGGCCCUGCUCCUCCUCUCCUCCAUCAGGGAGCCGCAUCACAAAGUGCUGCUGGAGAAGCUCAACGAGUCUGUGAGUCGAUCCGGGACCAGGCUGGGCGCCCUCACCCUGCUGGGUCACCUGAUCAGGAAACAGCCGCCAUGGGUUCAUCACAUCAGCCGCUCGCCGCUGCUGCUCUCACUGCUGCGCUGCCUCAAGACGGACAGCGAUGUGGUCGUCCUCAUCACGGGAGUCCUGGUCCUGGUCACUCUGUUACCCAUGAUUCCUCAGGCCGGCAAGCAGCACAUCAAUGACUUCUUCGACGUGUUUGGGCGCCUUGCAUCCCGCAGCUGCAAAAACCCAGGUCAUGAGCCUGUGGCCCACCUGGUGCACCUCCAUGCAGGUACGUACUCUCUGUUCCACCGCCUGUAUGGGAUGUUCCCCUGUAGCUUCAUCUCCUACCUGCGGCUGCACUACAGCAUGAAGGAGAACCUGGACACCUUCCAGGAGGUGGUGAAGCCGAUGUUGGAGCACGUCCGGGUUCACCCAGAGCUCGUUACAGGCACUCAGGACUACGAACUGGACCCGUCCAGGUGGAGGUGUUACGAAGUCCAUGACAUCGUGAUCGAGUGCUCCAGAGUGUCCCUGGAUCCUCUGGAGUCGUCGUGCGAGGAGGACAUUUACUCCUCCUCCUGCUCUUUGAUCACACCUCUCCCCCUCCCUCACCUGGACCUCACCUGCAGUCCGGUCACAGACGCUGUCAGCAGCUCAGGAAGUUCAGUCUGUCCUCUGGGCUCCAGAUGUGUGCCUCAGCUGAACCUGAACACCUGCACGCAGCCUGACGACGUCACGUGGAGCCCCGCCUUACACUGCGGUCUGUCCACACCCCCUUCUGAACGCACUGCUUUAGGCUCCACCCACCCACUGAGCAGGAGCACCUCCAUGUCAGGCUGUGUCCUGCAGGAGGUGCUGGAGAAGAAGGGGGGAGGACCACAGAGGGAGAACAGAGAGGAGGAGGUGACCUCUGUCUCCCCUCUGGAGGUUCUGGACCAGCUGAUCGCCCGUGGAAACGACGCCCACGAUUGCCUCAGCAGGAGGUCAUCAGCUGGGAGUAAGUCGGUGGAUCGGAGUCACUUUGGAGGCUCCACCCAGGAGGAGGAGCUUCAGUCUCUGACCAAUCAGCUGCUGCUCGUCCACGCUCAGCUCCAGUACGAGCGCUUCAAGCGGCAACAGCACGCCGUCCGAAACCGCCGGCUGCUGCGGAGGGUCAUCAACGCCACAACGCUGGAGGAGCAGAGCGCUGCCAUGAAGUCUCAGCUCGCCGUUCAAGACGAGGAGAUCCGGAGUCUGAGGGCGAGUCUGGACGAGGAGCAGCGCCGAUACUCAGCGCUGCAGCGCGAGGCGCACACACGCAGCGAGCAGCUGCACACACACGUUGCACAUCUGCUGCAGCUGCAACGAGACGAGCAGAGAGAGAGCCAGAGACUAUUUUUGUUUCUUAUUAAAGACGGUUCACUAAAAGCACGUACAGAGUUACAGCUCUCCUUUUACGCUUCCUCAGGCGAGGCGUCCAUGCUGCAGUGCAGUGUGGGUAAGGAGUUCCUGAGGCUGAAGGACAACGAUGUCCAGCAGAGACAGAAGCUGGAAGCAGCCAAUCACAGGAUCACUGAGCUGGAGAGCCAGCUGGCCAGGAAAGACCAGCUGAUCCUGAGCCAGAAGAAACUGCUGGAGGACACCAAGAACCAGAACAGGGCGGAGCUGUCGGCGUCGGAGAGCCGCUGUGCCGCUCUGAGGAGAGUUACUCAGGCGCUGCAGACCGAGAUGCUUCAGCUGUACGGUCAGAUCGCGGGAGGCGGGGCUCACCCAGACGGCGAGCUGCGGGACGUCAGCAGAUCCGACAGCGGAGCCUUACCUGAUGCUCAGGGAAGCCAAAAGUCCCGCCUCCCGUCUUCUUCUGCUGUUGGGAUCAUGAACGGAGCAGCGGAGGUCCUUUCCACCUCCCCUGUGUCCCUCUCACUCUCCCCCAUCGACUCCCCGCUGGCUGUCGGCUCCUUCCUGGAGCAACGAGCCCGACAGCUGUUCAGACCCACAGAUCAGAAUCAGGAGGAGGAGGUGGAGGUCGGGGAGGAGGAGGAGGAGGAGGAGGUGAAUGUCCAACCAGCAAGCCCUCCACUCGGUCAGGAGGUGGAGGAGGCCACACUCCCUGUAGGAAGUCCUCCGACUGAGCCGCUGAGCCGAGCCGCAGACCCCACCGUGGCCCCCGUAGACCUGACGCUCGCCGUCCAACAGAGGAGACACGAACUGAGCAUCAUGGACUACGACGAGACACUGCCCGACAUCUGAGGGAGGAGGAGGUGGGGGUCCUAGGGGCUCCGCCCUCACUCUGGAAAAGAGCAAUAAAGAUAAUAAUGAUAAGGCAAUAAGCAGGCUGAUCCAAGAUCAGCAAACUUUCAGUAACGAUUGUUAUUUAUCAGGGGAACUAAAUCUACAGCUAGCCUGGCUAGUAUCCACAAACAAAUAUGCCCUCUAAUAAGUGGCAUCCAAUCAAAAGGACAGUCGCUCCUAUCCAGUGCUGAUGGGAGUGGUCUGUUGGGUGGUCUGCUAGUACCGCCAUAGUCUCAGCCAUAGUAUUGAUCCAUAGUUAUGAUAAAAGGAGUCUAGUUCAGGGACUCCAGUUAGCUGAGGUGAAGCCUCGCAGAUAGCUGGCAGCUACAGCCGCCUGCAUCAGCCAAUCAAAUUCCAGGAUUUGAUCUCAAGAAAGUGACGCGGCUGAAACUGUAACGCUGAAGCUUCAGAGUCGGCGACGUGCCUUUGUCCGUCUUUUUUCUACAGUCUGUGUUUCAGCUGAUUUUCCUCUUUAAGCCAAAAAGUGCUUCAUGCCAAAUUAAACUGACUGAUGAUUGUUUUCAUUAUGGAUUUGUCAGCUGAUCAGUAACUGCAGACAAACCAAAGAUGUGCUCCUGAAACACGGUGACAGAAAUAAAGAUGCAAACGUC